AUGAACGAGAAUCCAUACUCGGGUCAUAGACUCUUAUCAGAGAAGGAACAAGAGGUUUUGGGAGAAUAUGCACGAUUGGCAGGAACGAUAAGAAGGAUCGUCGAUUUGUCCAACUCUCUCUCUUCGAGCGAAAAGCACGAACACCUUUUGCGAGAUUUGAGAAUAUUGGAACGCAAGAUGGGAUUGGUAUUGACACUGUUCAAAGCAAGCGUUUGGUCAUUGAUUCAGACUCAUCAAGACGAAUUGGAAGAAGAGCAGCAUCAAACAAUCGUAUAA